CAGUUUACACUUUACACCCAAGCUUCAUUUUCUGCGUUCCGACACCACGUGUUUGUCUCGACAAGUCCGAUUUCGAUUUUGGAUAAGUUCUUCAGGUUCAGAUCGCUUAAAUUGGUCAGAGAUGGGACGAAAGGCUUUGUUUGAUGAGAAGAAGGAGCAAAAAAAAGGCCCAGGGAGGAAGGCGAAGAAACAGAAAGACCCCACGUUUCCUUUCCCGUUAGAUAACAAGAGGGACAAGCCUUUGAGUAGCAAUCAAAAGCAGAGGGCGAAGAAAAGGCAAAUCAAGGAGAAACUGAAACAAAAGCUGGCUCUGAAAAAAGCAGAAAAGACUAACCUUAAGGACAAGCAGCCAAAGAAGGAACUGACAGAAAAGAAAUUGUUUAAAAAAUCUUACAACUCUGACUCUUCAGAAGGAGAAGAGGAAAAUAAUAAAGCAGUCACCACUGAGGUAAAUGGGGUCAGUGGUUUUACCGAUGACAACAAAACAUGGCUUAAACCGAAGGCUAAACAAGGGAAGAAAAGAAAAAUUGAAGAUGAAGGUGAAGACGAAAAUUUGGAUUAUGUAUCAGAAGAUAGUGAUGUUGAGGAAUCAGAUGAUGAUGUCUCUGACAGUGAAGACCUUAAAGUUGGGAAAUUAGAUGACUUACAAGAUAGUGAUGAAUUAGAUGACGACUCAUUUGGAGAAGAGGAUACUGAUGAGAGCGACGAAGAAACGAAGAAAGAUGAAGACGAUCUAUUGCCUAUUGAAAAGGCUGCUAAGAAGCUUAAGAAGAAGCAAAAAAAGGAGCAAGAGGAAGCCGACAAAGAAAUGCAGUUGAACAUUGCAAAUAGGGAGGUCUUUGCCUUUCCAGAAAAUGGAGAAAUAGACAAACCAGUUAGUAUCGUUGAAGUUGAACAAAGAAUAAAAGACAACCUCAUGGUUUUAUCAAACUUUGCAAAAUUCAGGGAAGAGGGAAGGCCGAGGAGCGAGUAUUUAGAAUUACUCAAAACAGACCUUUGCAACUACUUCAGCUAUAAUCGUUUCCUUGUGGAAAAACUCAUUGAGCUCUUUCCCCUGACCGAUCUUAUGGAUUUCCUAGAGGCCUCAGAGAUCCAAAGGCCGUUGACAGUGAGAGUCAACACGUUGAAAACAAGAAGAAGGGAUUUGGCUCAAGCGUUAAUUGCUAGAGGGGUAAAUCUCGAUCCUGUCGGAAAAUGGUCCAAAGUCGGUUUAGUCAUCUAUAACUCACCCGUUCCUGUUGGUGCUACACCUGAAUAUUUAGCAGGACACUAUAUCAUUCAAGGUGCUUCUAGUUUGCUACCCGUUAUGGCUCUUGCACCACAAGAAGGGGAAAAAAUCCUUGACAUGUGCGCAGCACCAGGAGGCAAAGCUUCUCACAUUGCUGCCAUUAUGAAAAAUACAGGUGUCUUAUUUGCUAACGAUUUUUCAAAAGACAGAGCAAAAGCCAUCGUUGGAAACUUUCACAGGAUGGGAAUUAUUAACUCCAUCAUCUGCAGCUAUGACGGUCGUAAAUUUACAAAGGUAAUGAAAGGUUUUGACAGAGUCUUGUUGGACGCUCCGUGUUCAGGAACGGGUAUAAUUUCGAAAGAUCCAAGCGUGAAAACAAGUAAAGAUGAAACGGAUAUACAAAGGUGCUGUACUCUUCAAAAAUCACUAAUAUUAGAAGCAAUUGACUGUCUUGAUUUCAAAUCCGAAUCUGGAGGUUAUUUAGUAUAUUCUACAUGUUCUAUACUUCCUGAAGAAAACGAGUGGGUUAUAGAUUAUGCAUUGAAAAAGCGAGAUGUAAAGUUGGUACCUACUGGCCUAGAUUUUGGUACGCCAGGUUUCACAAACUACAGGAACUUUAGGUUCCACCCAUCCAUGAAUCUGACACGUCGUUUCUACCCUCAUACUCACAACAUGGACGGCUUCUUUGUAGCGAAACUUAAAAAACUUUCAAAUACUAUUAAAAAAGUCGAUGGAGAGGAAGAAAAGACAGUAGCUGGAGAAGAAGAAAUGGAAGCGGAAGACAACGAGGAUAGAGAAAAUGAAGGACAGGAAAGUGAUACUGAGGCAGUCCCCAAAAAGCCGAAAUUAAAGGCCCCGAAGCAUGGUAGGGGUAAAAAUAGAAGCAAAAUGGCAGACGUGGAACCGAAGAAAUUUGAAAAAAAAGUUAAAGGAAAAGGUCAAGAAUUAAGAAACCAAGAUAAACAAAAUAACAAAAAGGUCCAAGAAAAUCAAGGGCAAAAACAAAAGAACGUAGCACAGUUAAAAGAAGCUCCGAAAAGUCCUAAAAGCUCUCCAAAAAAACGGAAAUUAGAAAAAGGUCAACAAAAACAAGAGGGACCAAAGGAAAAAAUGGAAAAAACAAACAGUGAGAAAGAACCAAGUGAAACAGGCGAUAGUUCAAAAUCGGCCAAAAUGAAACUCAAGAAGAAAAAUAAAAACAAACAAAAACAAAAGAACGUAGCACAGUUAAAAGAAGCUCCGAAAAGUCCAAAAAGCUCACCUGAGGGAGGAGCUCAACAGACAAGCCCUGUUAGUGAUAAACAAAUUCCUCAACAACCAAGCCCUGGUGGUAAUAAACCAUCUCCUCAACAGCCAAGCCCUGGUGGUAAUAAACAAUCUCCUCAACAGCCAAGCCCUGGUAAUAAACAAACCCCUGCAAAAAAUAAAUUAAGAUUCAAAAACAAAAAUAAAAAACAGUCAAUUUCAACUUCGCCAGGACCCGAUAAGACUGAAGAUAAAAAAAGCCAAGAGGGGAAAGUAAAUAAAAAGGCACAGACAAAAGGCCAGAGUCCAAAAACAAACAAACCGACUCUCCAAGUCCCAAAAACCCCAGACACUGUGAAUAAAAGCCCGAAGAAAAAGAGGAAAUCGAAUGCCAGCAAUUAAUUACAUUUGUGAUUAUUAGGUAUUGUAAAUAUGUGUUUUAUUAAAACUUUGCUUUUAAUUUACACCAACAUGUCUUAAAAAUUAUCAUUUUUUACAGCAAUUAAGCCAUUGUUGUUUUUAUUUUAAUAUAAUGUUUUAAAACAUUGAA